GGGGAGGUUGAGCAGCCUCUCGGCCUUUUCAGGUCUUCCUUUCCACGCAUCCUGUUUACCCGACACGUGAAAUACACAGCAACGUUUCCUGGAAAUGUCCUCUCUUCGCAAGCCGCCAGACCCCAUCCCCCAACAAGUCCCCCCCGCCGUCCCUCCCGCUUUCCCCAGGAGCAGCAGGACGAUCGGAACCUGGCAGAAACAUUUCCCGGCUGCCUCUCGCUCGCUCGCUCGCUCUCUCCCCCAGGCACCGUGUAAACAGGGGAGGGCCCGCUGUCUGCGAGCAGAUGCCCGCACGCCCCUGCCCCUCCUAGACCCCCCGAGACAGACCCCGGCCCCACACAUCGCCGCCCUCCCUCUAAGAAUGAGGCUCCCCUGCAUGGUUUGCCUCCUUCUUUCCUGCCUGGGUGCCGCGGCGAUCGCUCCCUCCGAGGCAAGGACGUUCUUAUCUCAGCAUCAUGCAUCAGAGUUUCUUGUCAGAAACCGUCGAGCAAAUUCCUUUAUGGAAGAAAGGAUGAAGGGGAAUUUGGAGCGGGAAUGUAUUGAAGAGUACUGCAACAAAGAAGAAGCCAGAGAAAUCUUUGAAAAUAACCCUGAGACAGAUUAUUUCUAUCCCAUAUACCUAGACUGCCUGGCUUCAUUUCGAGCAGGAAUGGUAAGGGUGCCACCACUUUCUUCAAAUACUCCAACUGACCUUCGGUCCUGCGUAAAAGCAAUAUCAAACCAGUGUAUUCCUUUGCCAUGCAAUGAAGAUGGUUAUAAAGAAUGCAGAGAUGGACAAGCCAGAUUUACAUGUAUUUGCAAGCCUGGGUGGCAAGGAGAAAAAUGUGAAGAAGAUAUAAAUGAAUGUGAAGACCCAGCUAAUAGAAAUGGAGGGUGUAGUCAAACUUGUAUUAACUUUCCUGGAAGCUACCGCUGUCAGUGUGAAGAUGGUUAUUACAUACAGCCAAAUAAAUUGGACUGCAAAGACAGGAAUGAAUGCAUGUUAUACCAGAACAUUUGUGGGACAGCACAAUGCAAGAAUACUCCUGGAAAGUAUGAGUGUGAAUGUCCAGCAGGUUAUGCCUAUAACAUAACAGGAAAGAAAUGUGAAGAUGUGGACGAAUGCGCUGAAAAUGCUUGUUCUCAAAUAUGUAUCAACUCUCCAGGAAGCUACACCUGCUAUUGUGAUGGCAAAAAAGGCUUUCAGCUGUCCAGUGACAUGAGAACGUGUGAGGCAGUACCAGAAUGUCUCCCUUUGAAUCUUGAAAAGAAUUAUGAAUUACUCUCUCUGGCAGAGCAAUUUAUAGGGAUCCCUGUUUUGUAUUUAAGGUUUAGAUUGCCUGAGGUUACAAGAUUUUCUGCAGAAUUUGAUUUCAGGACUUAUGAUAACGAGGGAGUUAUAUUGUACGCUGAAUCUACUGACAGCACAGCAUGGGUUUUACUUGCACUUCGUGAUGGGAAGAUUGAAAUUCAAUUCAAGAAUGAACUCGCAAUGAAAGUAACGAGCGGUGGCAAAGCCAUCAACGAUGGCUUGUGGCACAUGAUAUCUGUGGAAGAAUUAGACCACAGCAUCAGUGUCAAAAUAGCAAAAGAAGCAGUAAUGAACAUUAAUAGCCCAAGAAAUCUGUUUAAACAAUCCAACGGCUUUCUGGAAGCAAAGGUGUACAUUGCAGGGCUGCCUCGCAAAGUGGACAACACUCUUAUUAAACCGAUUAACCCCCGUCUGGAUGGGUGCAUUCGUGCCUGGAACUUGUUGAAUCAAGGAAAUUCUGGUGUGAAAGAUAUCAUUCAACAGAAACAAAGCAAGCACUGUUUAAUAAGUGUUGGAAGGGGAUCUUACUAUCCUGGCACUGGAGUGGCAAAGUUUCGUAUUAACUACAAUGACAGCCUGAGCAGCACAGAGGAUUGGUUAAUAAAUAUAACCAUGACUAUCCGUCCAUCCAAAGCCACUGGUCUAAUGUUUGCUUUGGUUUCUGAUGAAACAGUGCCUCUUGCUUUAUCAAUAGUAGAUUCCAGCUCACCAAACUUAAAGGAUAUCAUAGUAUCGAUUGAGAAUAUCAUCGUUGCCCGCUUGGAUUCAAACAGGCUAUGUACUUCAAGAAGAGUAUUGGUAGAACUCAAAGUAACUAGGCAACUUCUUGAACUUAAAGUUGAUUCACACUCACAUACUACUUACUCGGAAGAGCAGCUCACAGUCCUUCAUCAAGCGAUGAAUGGAUCUGUUGAUACCUACUUAGGUGGCAUUCCUGAUGUUCCAGUUGAGGCAACCCCAGUGACAGCAUUUUAUCAUGGCUGCAUGGAAGUGAAAAUUAAUGAUAAGCAGCUGGAUUUGGAUGAAGCCAUCUCCAAAAAAAAUGACAUCAGAUCACAUUCAUGUCCAUUGCUCAUAGAAGAAAUGCACAGUUCGGAAGCCACUGAUGUCCCUUCUGUUCAUUAAUCUCUCAUAGGAAAAUCCAAAUUGUUUUUGCACAAAAUGGAUAAAGACACGGAGAUUGAACUAUAAAAAUGCUGUUUUGUAAUUAUCAUUUUCCACUAUAAAGGGACCAUGCGAAGAUUAAGCUGCUGUCAAAAUAGUGUCAUUUAUAACAUUUCAACAUUUUUUAGUUGAAUAGUUUACUUAACAACCGUACACUUCACAUUUUAUAUUUUACGUAUCUUUGACAAUAAAACUACCCAUACACUUGUACUCAU